AUGGAUCAUCUAGAACACCUUAGCGGAUCCAUCAAUGGACAACAAGACGCGUUAUCAAAGGGCAUCCAUCGCAGCUCGAUGCAGGCUGGUGAAAAUGGAUCCAUACAUUUCGUGGAAAUGACUCACAAUGGAAGAGAGCAGGAGUAUAUCGAGUCCUCGUUGCUUGGAACUGAUCUUCUAUCAAGCCAGUUGCCGACGAACUUGCUAAAUGACUACAUCAAUUCGGUUUCGACAGCUGGUACCAACUCCAUGAGUGGUAUCCAAUCGACCAUUAUAGAACACAAUUAUCGGUCUUUCAACACCGAUGAGCUGCAUGCAUUGGACAAUGAGUCGAACAACGAAGCAACGGAUAUGAUCAAUGGAAACAAGGACAUUCCUGGGUUCAAUACACUGUCGUCCUAUGAAAAAAUAAUAAAUGGUAGUCCAUCCACAUCACAAAUAAACGCAAAUGGAUUAGCUCAAAUCGCUGGAAUCGAUGGUUAUGUUCAUUUUCCGUUGUCAAGCACGCUACAUGCAAAUGGUGGGUCUGCUAACGACGGAUUUGACAUGGUAUCUAGUGUAGGGCUUGUGGCGUCAGAAUCACAUUCACAUCAAGAACAACUACAACAGCUUCAGUAUAAUCUUUCUCAUCACCAACAUUCUGGACCAGGACAUUUGAAUCAUCACCAGAACAUUGUUGAAUUAUCGAAUACUGGAUCGCAGCAGCUGGCUUUAAUCCAACAUCAGCUACAACAGCAGCCUCACCAACGACAUUCUCACCAUUCGUUAAUUGAGGAGCAAUCGAAAGCUUCUAUCAACAUAACUAUCCCAACAUUAUCGCCUGUUGAUGUUCCGAUGAAACUUUAUGCUCACAGUAAUUCUAUCAUUCCUAGUACUUCGUCAGCCUCAGGGCAAAACGAUAUCUAUAAUAGCCCUAAACUGUCGAUGGCUUCGUUGAAGUCCAACAAAAGUGAAAAAAGAUUUUACUCUUGUACUACACUGCCCUCGCUUAUAACUCAUAGUCAACAGAGAAUCAGCUUUCCCGCAGUAGAAAGUUUGAUAACUUCAAAAAAUUCAAGAACUAGCACUAUCGAUUGUGAGUCUCGCUUGCACGAACAAGUGAUCGCUGAGUGUGUUGCUUCGAUUGAGAGUGCAUCAGGCUUCCUGGGCAAUAUUAAUCUUCCACAUAAAAAACGGUUAGCAAAAAAAAUAGGCGAUGCAAGAGAAUGUACUUCCAAUGGAAAUCCUGAUAUGGAUCAGACUUCAAUACUCGCUUUUGACCAAUGUUCGCAACGGCAUGCGUCAAUUUCAACAAGCAUUCAAUUGCCCUCAGCCAUGUCCACAAGACAGCAAUUAUCGAUUCAGCGUAACAACAAAGCUCUGCAUAGUAAUGAGUCUGCAAAUUCGUCAUUGAAAAUUCACCAGCCUUCAGCUACUAUUUCACAACCUUCGAGUGAUCCCUUUUGUUGUCGAGUCUGUGGAGAAAUAAUCCAGGAUCAAUUACUGUUUUUCAAACAUUUGAAGCAUCACUACGAACCAUCUGCAACUGACAAGAACACUGCUGCUGUAGUAAAUAUUGUUACAAUAAAGGCAGCAACAAAUGAGAUUCCCCUUGAUACGGCGGAUGGGAAAAAGGCAAAACCUAAGCUACCUCGUGUGAAACACACGAAAAAGUUGAAAAAUGAUCGUACUGUUAGACAUAACGAGCUAGAUGAAAAGAAUCAACACACAAAAGGUGAUUCUAAAGCAGUGGUUUCAUUAAAACCACCAGAUACUAGCUCCAAAGAUGUGAACAAUAUUCUCUUACCAAGUAACGCAGUAAUUGGACUUGAAUGUUCAGAAAAUGGUGGGGAAUUUAGUGAAACUGAGGACAUGUUGGAAGGCAUUCGAAAUGUGGUACAAAAAGUACAGGAAACCGUCGAUACGGAUAUGAACGAGGAGUUAAUUCUUGCUAAUAAUACUUCAUGGCGCUUUCCGGCUGUCCUUGAAGGCAGUGAUAUUCAAACAAGUGGAAACACGACAACCACACUGACAGAAAAAGAGAUGCCUUUAGUCGGUGAUGGUCUAGAAGAUACGUCCGAAAUUCAUAUCCAAAAUGGAGGUGAAAACUAUCUCUUAUUUCUUAGUAAAUCGCAAUUUAAUGACACAGAGAUGCUUCACUCUACUGCUCAUGAUCUGCCGUUAAUCGGAAAACCGCUUGAAAAAUUGACGCACACGCUAAAUGAUAAUAACGUGAAUGAGCAAGCAAGUGAUGAGCAAGAAAUUGUUCAAAUUCAAAAUCCUCACCUGCCCGGUAGUGGUGAACUCCAUUAUAGAACUUCCCUCGAAUUCACCUCAUAA